AUGUCAACAGAAGCCGUGUUAUCUCCAGGAUCAAGGGAGAUGGGCAAAGAGAUGAGCAAGCAAGAAACUCAAGAGCAGGCUGUCUAUCGGUCCGCUUGGAAAUCAGAACGGGAGCUGCGGGGAGUGCUGUCCUUGCCAGAUUUUGAUAAUCCGGGCAAUACUCUCUACCCCCCGUUCUUCCCUGCGCCUCCCGUGCUUCCGCCAGGAUCUGCCGGCGGCCCAGAUUCAGAAGCCCUGCGCUCCAGGGCAUCAUGGCUCUUUUAUUUGGCAGAGACAUCACUCCGACGUUUGACUAGCCGCCUUUGCAGCGAAAUGCUAAACUUGCGGCAACGCUACUCAUCAAAUACAACUUUUUUGGAUGUACUGGCGGAUAUGACGCCAGAGUAUGGGGCACAAGCAGAGGGAUGGUCUGAGAGUCUACCAGAGGAGUUGUCGGUACGCACUGCCAUUGCGGAAGAUGAUAUUGCCAAGUCUGUACUACGAGGCAAGCUCAUAAAUCUUGACGAGAUAAUCUAUUGGCCAUUCGCCAUGGCGAGUUUGAGUGGAUUGUCCAGUGGACGGGUGAUGAAGCCCCAGCUGGAAGAGCUUGUCAAACGCGGCCUGGACACACACAGGCAUCAAAUCCAUGCCAAUGAGCCAGGAUUCUUCCAUCGACACCAUGGAGGAUUUUUCAUGAUCAGAGCUUGCACCCGCAGUGCGUUGAUACUUGUGGCGGCUGCCAAGUCUGGAAGUACAAUGCCGCCUCAUUGGGACGAGGCGGUUGGUAAGGUUAUCGGCAUGUUGACAUACUGGGAGGAGGAAGACCGGGACGUUGGCCGAUGGAAAUCAAUAAUAGAGCGCGAACUUACCUUACUCCGCGAGUGA